AUGAGCGCCCAACUCGAAACGGAACGCAAGGAAUAUGAGAGCCAGCUCGAACUAGUCAUCACGUCUCUCAAAGAGGACCCCGAUAAUGCCGAACUGCAGGGGCUUCGGAGUGAGCUGGAGCAGAUGAUCCAGCUGCUCGAUGAUUCUCUCGCCGAACUAAAGCCCAAGAACGAACCCGCAAGCGUCGCGCCGAAGAAGGCGCCAUCGCCACCGCCGACCGAGCAAAAGUGGUCACGCGAGAACCACCCAGCAUUCAAAAAAGCUGCGCCCGCGGAGGAGAAAGAGAAAGAACCCGAGAUCAUUGCGUAUCAGGUCAACGACAAUGUCAUGGCAAAAUGGCUCUCGGGUGACAAAGGCUUCUAUCCGGCGCGCAUCACCGCGGUGACUGGUUCGUCCACGGCACCCAUUUACACAGUCAAGUUCAAAAGCUAUGACACAGCAGAGACCCUGCGUGCUAAGGAUAUCCGCCCGGUCGCACAGAAGCGCAAGGCUGACGGUACUGCCGUCUCGACCAACAGCAACGCCAUCGGCGGUUCGGCGGCGACAGCUACAGCUAGCCCUUCGUCACUGACCCCGACCUCGACUAACAAUGGCAUCGUCAUGUCUGCGGCGGCUGACAUGUAUCCUCAGGCGCAGGCGGCAGGAAAGGCGGGAGCGGACGACAACGACGAGAAGCCACGGCCCAAGUUCAAGAAGAUUAAGGCUACAAAGGAGCUCGAAAAGGGCAAGAACAAGUGGCAGGAGUUUACCACCAAGGGGAAGUUUGGCAAAGCGGGAAAGAAGGACAGCAUGUUCCGCACACCCGACGGAAUCCAUGGCCGAGUUGGCUUCACCGGCUUCCGGGCAGUCAAUGGCCAAAAGACCCUACCAGGAGCCGCCAUGUGUACCAGCCCAACGAAGAAUUGGACUAGACUGACAUGGUCUUCUUUCAUUCGAGAAACGCCGUUACGGCCUGGAGCGGAAGAGACGCGCCCGCAUAAAGGGGCAACGACCAGUAGCGCUCGGUUUUAUCGAAGGACGGCAUCAUAG